ACUCAAAGUGGGCCAAAGUGAAAAAAUAUGAUUUAAAUAUUUUUUGUAUUUCUACAUUUGUGCCAAAUUAGAAAAAAAUCGGAGUGUACCUUUUGGGUAGGUUUACUUGUUAGUCAACUACGAAUCGCGUAUCCCUACUUCAGUCAAAAAACGGUGCUCCACACAAAUAUAAUAUAAUUAACGCAAUAAUCGGUCAUAACAAGGCUCUGCAAGAGAAUGAAGAAUGUUCGAGUUAAACAGUCAAAUCUUAAUUAACGAUCAAAACGGAAGAUUGUGUAUCUUUAUCGUCGAUGGCCGAGAAUCCCGAUUCAUCCGCGUAGAUAGUCGAUAGCAUUUGGAAUUCAUCAUAAAAUGAUGAUACUAAUGAUACUGUAACUUAUUAUUGAACAAUUUAUAAAUGGAAAUAUGUACGUAACAUUAUUCUUUCUCUCUCUCUUUCUUUUUUCUCUGUUCAAUCUUCACUUUUUUUGUAAAUGCAAAAGUCAGAGAAAUUUCAGCAAGUAGCUGUCUUCGAUCAUUUUUGUCACUUAAUAUCUCAUUUUAAUACCUCAAAAGUGAUUUGAAAUAUUUAAACUAUAUUUAUACUGAUCUUAACAAAGCAACGGAUUAUUAAAAAUAUUUGGUUGUUUGAUAAAAUUGAGAUGUGAUUAAUAUUAAAACACGAUGAGUCAUGAUUAAAAUGCGAGGACAUAAACGGAAUUUUUAUGAUAAAAAGCUUUUCUCUCUAGAAAAAUAUACGUGCAUUGUAUUUAUAAUGUCCGAAGAUAGAAUCAUUAUGAUUAUUAAUUGUAUAACACAAUAAUUAAACAGCUAAAGAAUCCUUUUUUUCAGGGCUUGAGCAUGUCUGUCUCUUAUUUUAUGGUACUUUACUCUAUAUAAAUUAAGUAUCAAAUACAUUGCAAAUAACAUAGUGCUAUUACUUGUCUUUGACAUAUGAUAUUAAUGUUAACAAUAGCGUAAAAAACAAUAGAAUUAUUUAAAUAUAAAUAAGCAAAUGUAUAAAUUAUUUUACACAUUUGUUGCACUCUAAAUUUCGAAGUUCUUUCGUUUAGUCAUUUUAUAUAUUGCUGCUGCUAUAUCGUACGUACGUAUAUACAUACACAUAUAAACACACGCGAUUUUAUCACCAAAAUUUUUCGAUUACUUAAAAUUUUUUAAUUGGACAUAUAUUUAAUCAAGUCAACUUCUCUACACGAUGUUUGUAUUAUUUAAAAGACGGUAAUCUGUCGAUGAUUACUUACUCAUAAUUUGGCUAUUCUCUAUACUGUUGGCCAAAAGUUCGUGGAGACAAAAUAUUUGAACCGAAACACUGUAUUCGCUGUUCAAUUCGUAAAGGAGUGGUAAGUCUUUUUGAUGCAACAUUCUAUUCUCUACUGCGCCUGCGUCCUUUUGAAGAAGGUGAAAAAAAGGAAAUAUUGAAGUGCACAUUAUAACUGAAAAUUACAACAAUUUAGCAAUUUUCAUCUAUCUUCUCAAUAAAAAACAGUAUAGCUUAAUUUCCCAACAAUAUCAUUUUUCUCUUUUCAUUGCAAAUUAUUUUAAAUUACACCAUUUUAUGUGCAUAUAAGUUACUCAUUCAUUUUAAACUUUAAGUGUAGGCUAUACACAUUCAUUAGUCAUGUAAGCACAGAAAGGGACGGGAAAGGAAUUUCUAUAGACCACAAACGUUCAGUAACAUUUCGACUACCACACGAGAUGGAGUUUCCCGAGGAACAAUACUAUAGAAUCAAUCGCAUUUUUUUGUCAUUUGUAGGGCUUUGGCCAAACGAUAGUAACAGAGUCAGACGGAUUUCAGUUAUAUUAAUGACACUGUUAUGCACAUCGUAUAUACUUAUUCAGGUAUUCGCAUCGAUCCAGUUAACGUAUUUUGUACAUUUUAUCGCGGAAUUCUACUCGUAUGCGUUUAAAAAUAAUUUUGUUUCCGUACGUCUGCACCUACAUUCAUUAUCCUAGAACAUGCAAUGUUACUCAUCGUCGCAAUUUAUUAUUUUAUAUGGCUAUUAGAAAAUAUAUGCGUGUAAGAAUUGUAUUAUUCGAUGUGUAUAUUAUAUAAUUGGACAUUUGUACAAAAUGUCUUGCACAUAACUCACUGUGUGUAUCAUAGUAAAGGUACAAUUGUUAAUCUAUUUUUCAGUUACUGAAAUUUGCCUUUUGGGAAUAUAAUCUCAAGCUUUAUCUUCAGAUGUUAUGCUUUGAUUUACUAAUUGCACAGUGGAAUUUAAAAUACUUUACUUUUUACAUUGCUAUAGAAAAUAUAAAAAAGUUGCGAGAACAUAUUCGAAGUAAUUGGGGCAUUCUUAAGGACAAUAAAGAGAUUGAAAUAAUGCGCAAACAGACUAACGUUGGAAGAAUAUCUACGCUUCUUAUAGCAGUAACCGUCAGUUCAGGAAUUAUCAUCCUAAUAUUAAUAGAUUAUAUCAAAAAUUCUUUCUUUAUCAUAACACCACUGAAAGAAUCUCGUAGGCGCCUAAUUUUAAAUAUAACAGAAUAUGUCGACCAGCGGAAAUACUUUUAUAUCUCAACAGUACAAUUAUCAAUUGGAUGUCUUACUGCAACAUUUGCUGGAAUAGCUACUGAAACGUUUUCGUUAUCAAGCGCAUUACAUGCUUUCGCAAUGUUUAAAAUCGCUAGUUAUCGUAUGGGAUGUAUAUUAAAUGAAAAUGAUCUGCAGAUAUCUGAUACUAAAAAAUACGUCUUAUAUCGUGACAGAAUAGCUGCUGCAGUUGAUAUCCACAACAGAGCAAUCGAAUUUUCUAGCUUGCUAGUGACGACAUUAGGAAAACCUUACUUGUUCUUAUUUAUCAUUUCUGAAUGUUCGGCAAGCAUUUUUUUAUUUCUGUUAUUGUUCAUGAAACAGGGAUUACUGGAAGGAAUCGCAUCUGUCAUAUGUACAUUAUUCCAUUUUUUAUUCCUAACAAUAGGCAAUUUUGUUGGCCAAGAAUUUAUAGAUUGCGACAGGCAUAUUUAUGAAGUACUAUGCAAUCUACGAUGGUACAACACACCGUUAAAGACGCAAAAGUUAAUACGCUUUAUGAUGGAAAAGGCUACGAGAGGUUACAAAGUUGAUGCCGGUGGUUUGUUUAAUCCUAGCCUAAAAGGUUUAACGACGACCAUAAGUAUUAUGUAUACCUUUAUUAUGAUGUUAAGCUAUACGCAACGAUAACGCAAGUAAGCACGGAAAAUAGAGAUCCAUCACGAUUAUUUCGCAACCUAUUGCGAUGUCUUUUCAGAGACCAAACAUGCAAAAACGUCACGUGCGGAUUUCUACGAUAUAAUCUUAAUAUACUUCCUUAUAUUUAAGAAAUAAAUAAAAAAAUUUUUUUAGUAAAAAAACUAUAUUGCUUGACAAUUAUAUUGCUUCUCAUUACAAGUAACUUUGAAUCUCUUACUAUAACAUUAAUUAUUAAAUGUUUAUGUCUUCUUUUCCUUGACAAAAACAAGCCAUAGGCUUAUUUCGUCAACAUAGAUGAUUUAUUCGCAUAACAGAGCAGCAACUAUUACAAAAAAAAAAUUAGAGUGCUCAUCUUUUCUCAAUUUGCACGCACGCGUCCGAACAUACUUGUUGUUUAUAUACCCAGUUUCGUCUCCAUAUAAUUUUGUUCGAUGCAACGUUACUUAUAUUUUACCUACAGGAGGGAUGACCGUUUAACUGUAGAAUUAACGUGUAGCAGUCUCUUCCACGAUACUCGAAAAGAAACUGAAAAAUUUUUAGCGCAGAAUAGUGAGAACGCAUUCGUGAAAUUCUGGCAAAGGGGAAUUCUAUCUCUUUGGUAUUAUCAUCGUAUUUAACCACUUAACGAAAUGAUAUACAUAUAUGUGUCUCGUUGUUGAAGACUAUUAUGGAUGUACUAUCCAGAAAGAAAAGUACAGAAAAGCAAACUGGAGAAGAGCACACAUGACAGUGGCGCUUUUGGCCGAGAUGACUACGGUAUUGGCCACGGAAAUAGCAUUUUUGACGUACAUACAAUACUGUUCCGCAUUGUUUAAAAUUAUAAAAUAAUGACUGAGGUCGUAAGAAUUAAAAAAGUAGAGAUGCUCGCGGAAAUUCAGUUUUGUCAGCUGGAAGGAAAAUACUAUAUCAAAGCAACGUAUUUGCAAUUAUUAUUAACAUAUAUUAUCUUAUAGUUUUCGCAUAGAGAACUUACAAGUAAACCUACCCAAAAGUUACACUUCGAUUUCGUCCU